UUUUCACCAUUUUAUAUAUGCGGUUUAUAAUGGUUAAAAACAAAAAUAUUUGAUUUUCUUAAUUUUAUUCCUAGCUUCUUGCGAAUUCCUCCAUAUAUAUAUAGCUUAUAUAUUAAGCUCCUUUUUCUUCUUUAUUCUUUCUCCCUUCCUCCUCGCUAGAUUCUCCUGCUACCAAGUUUUCAAUGAAUUAAGUGGCACAUCAUCACUAGCUAGUAGAGUGAACAAGCUUUCCCAUAAUCUUUUAUUUAAUUAUCUAGUUGAUAAAUUAAUUAAUAUGUAGGCUUAUUAAUUAUUAUAGUGGUAUACUACUUACAUAUAUAGUGACACACACAACUAAAUAUAAAAUAAUGUUUGGUCAACUGUUGGGCAGGUUUUAGAUUACACGAAGCUAAUUAAGAAUUAAGAAGAUGAUUAUCUCGGUAUCUGGCUCCUCAGCUUGCAAACAAGUACAAGAGCCUCUAGUAAGUUUCCAAAAGGGAUUUACAAACAUGUUAUAUAAUCGGAACAAUAAUAAUAAGGAUAAGGUGGUGGUGAUAUUGGGGGCCACCGGAACCGGAAAGACCAAGUUGGCCAUAGACCUUGCCAACCACUUCCCACCGGCUGAGAUUGUUAACUCCGACAAAAUGCAAGUCUACAAGGGCCUUGACAUCACCACUAAUAAGGUUACUCCUCAAGAGGCUCGUGGGGUCCCACAUCAUCUACUUGGCACAAUACACCCCAAUGCCAACUUCACCGCCCUUGAUUUUUGCCGGCAAGCCACCUCCGCCGUCGAUUCCAUCGUUGCUCGAGAUGCCCUCCCCAUCAUCGCCGGUGGCUCCAAUUCCUAUCUUGAUGCUCUCAUCAACCACCACUCCACCUUUAGGUUAAGGUACGAGUGUUGCUUCCUAUGGGUGGAUGUUUCAAUCCCCAUACUGCAUGCGUCGCUUCGAUCACGCGUGGAUCGCAUGAUCGAAGCGGGACAAGUGGAGGAAGUGCGGAAAUUCUACGAGCCAUUGGCAGAUUACGAGAGGGGAAUAAGAAGGGCGAUAGGGGUGCCAGAGUUCAACGAGUUUCUAAGAGCAGAGGCCUUAGGAGCAGAUGAAGAGACAAAGAAGAUGCUCUUAGACAUAGCCAUUGCAAGAAUCAAGGUCAACAACUGCACCCUCGCCAAUCGCCAAAUCCACAAGAUUCAACGACUCCACAACACCUGGAAGAGGACCAUGCAUCGCCUCGAUGCCACGCAGGUUUUCUUGAACCGUAAUUCCUCUGAUCAUCACCAAUCUCAAAUUUCCUGGGAGGAACAUGUUCUUGCCAAGAGCCUUAGGAUUCUUCACAACUUCCUCUACGAGGAUAACAAUAAACAUCUUCUUGUUCCUUCCGGAAUUAAUGUUUCUUCUUCUUCGCCGCCGGUGGCAAUGGCUGCCGUGGCCGCAGCCGCCACGCAUUAGAUUUAGAAAGGUUAAAUUUCCAUUGAUAUGAUGCCGUGUGCCACACCACUUUUGUUUUUUUUUUUUAAUUUUGUCUUAUUUUUUCUCUUUCAUUUUUUCAAAUUUUCUUUGGGGAUUACUUUGUAAUUUUUUGUGUGGAAACAGUUUAACUUUGGUAAAGAUUCAGGGACAGUGAACUCCACGUGAAGUUGAUAGUUGAGAGUCGUUAAAUAAUUUAAAUGAUUUAACUAAAUUUUUAUUUAACGACUCUCUCAGUUAUCAAUUUUACUUAAAGUUAAUAUAUAAUUAAAAGUCGUUAAAUAAUUUAACAGAUUUAAUUAAAUUACUAUUUAAUGACUCUUAAUUACCAAUUUUACUUGAAGUUAAAUGUUCUUGAGUUUUCU